GUGUGUAUAUUUGAUUAAUUCAGAUGAAAAACGUGUAUUUGACCUUUAAGGACAAGCAGGUGAACAGCAUCCUCCAUGUGUCCCAAGCUCGUGAAUGGCCGUGAAGGUGUCAACCGUGCACGGCUCCUUUAAAUCUCCAGGCCCCGCCCUCUCCUCCGGAGCUCUCUCACAGCCGCUUUAACUGCGCCCAGCUCAAGCAAGGACCCAGAGGCGCUCCUCGAAUAUACCGCGAACCGAUAUCUAUCCCCCGCCCUCCUCCCCUGCUAUGAACCAGGACGGCAGCUCACCGACGCUGCACUAAUCCGAUUCUUGACGCUGUUUUUGGGUGUGUUUUUGUAAUCUUCCUCGGAGCUCGAAUGGACGUCGAUGGGCUGGAGGAGUGGGAGGAAGCGUCUGUAUGUUUGAGUUCCCUGCCCGGAUUGGAGGGGCAUGUUGGAUCCGUGUGUGUCGGCUGAGUGCAAGUGGAGGUGGCGGCAAGAGGAGGAAGAAGCGAACUUUAGCGCCGUGAUUUCUCAUUUCACCCCCACCUUGUCCCCUCACGUCACAGAAGGACCAGCGGUGGAUAUCCCCGCAACGUUUCCCCGAUGAGAAGCCCUCACCCGCGGGGAGGCUGCGUGAUGGUGACCGUGACGAUGAGUAAGAGCGCCGAGUGGCUCCAGGAGGAGCUCGAGUCCGGGGCCGCCGCGCAGCUGCUGCUGCUCGACUGCCGGCCGCAUGAGCUCUACGAGUCGUCGCACAUCGAGGCGGCCAUCAACGUGGCCAUCCCGGGCCUCAUGCUCCGCAGACUCAAGAAGGGAAACCUACCCAUCCGUUCCAUCAUCCCCAACAACGAAGACAAGGAGAAGUUCGUCAAGCGUUGCAAAACGGACGUGGUGCUUCUGUACGACGAAGCCGCCCCCGAGCGACAGGAGUCCGGGUUGGGGAGCUCCGUGCUCGGGCUGCUGCUGCAGAAGCUCCGGGACGAUGGAUGCAAGGCUUUCUACCUGGAAGGAGGCUUCCACAAGUUCCAGUCCGACUUUCCUGAACACUGCGAGACCAACUUGGACUGUUCUUGUCCCAGCAGUUCCCCACCGUCCUCCGUGCUGGGCCUGGGAGGACUCCGCAUCAGCUCCGACUGCUCUGACGGUGAGUCGGAUCGCGAGCCGGUCAGCGCCACAGAAUCGGAAGGCAGCCCACUGCCCAGCAACCAGCCGGCGUUUCCAGUCCAGAUCUUGCCGUACUUGUACCUGGGCUGCGCCAAGGACUCCGCCAACCUGGACGUGCUGAGCAAGUACAACAUCAAGUACAUCCUCAACGUCACACCCAACCUGCCCAACAUGUUUGAGCAUGAGGGCGACUUCAAGUACAAGCAAAUCCCCAUCUCGGAUCACUGGAGCCAGAACCUCUCGCAGUUUUUCCCUGAGGCCAUUUCAUUCAUUGAUGAGGCCCGCUCCAAAAAGUGUGGCAUCCUGGUGCACUGCCUGGCGGGGAUCAGCCGCUCGGUGACGGUGACGGUGGCUUACCUGAUGCAGAAGCUCAACCUGUCACUCAACGACGCCUACGACUUUGUCAAACGCAAAAAGUCCAACAUCUCGCCCAACUUCAACUUCAUGGGCCAGCUGCUGGACUUUGAGCGGACGCUGGGCCUCAACAGCCCGUGCGACAACAACCGCGCCACGUCGCCCGCCGCCAACGAGCAGCUCUUCUUCACCACGCCCACCAACCACAACGUGUUCCAGCUGGACACGCUGGAGUCCACGUGACAGUCGGGGAGGGAGACGGCAUCCUUGAAGGUGAUCAUGUUUCCAUGGUAACAACAUGGCCGCUGCAGCCGCUGUGUAUCCUAUCCGGCGAGGCGUUUACCAGCCGCUUUUAUUGAAUGUUUUGGCCUCCGGAGGCUCGCCGUCUCGGAGCCUGGAGCCGCUUUCGGAGGGAAGUCGCACAAAGUUUUGGAGCUGAUGGAAAGCUUGAAUAAGGACAGCUCUCAUCAAGUUGCAACAAAAAGCCAAGGAGACUGAGAAAAAAAAAACAAACAAACAGAAAAUGUGCCGCUGUAAUGAGGCACAGUGGAGAAUCUUUGGAGGUGUCACUCUGCUCAGAGUGGAUCAUUUACAAACCAAGGAAUUAACAAAGUAUUUGUACUGUAUGUUAGAAGAAGUGUCUAUAUUCAGUUAGCUUUUUUGUAUAUUUUUCAUGUAUCCACAUAUAUAUAUAUAUAUAUAUAUAUAUAUAUAUAUAUACACAUCGUAAAUAUAUGAAUAAUCUUUGUCCAAAAAGUAAAGAAAGGGAAAGAGGAACAUUGUCUGACCUAAUAACACUUUGCACACACGUGUAGCCAAUGGCGUGCAUAGAGGAAGAUGGCGGGGGGCGUGGCCAGUAAGAGACCAAAGGUUUGAAUCAACUCGAGUACUAUUUGACUUUUGACCAAGAAGGCUAGUUCCUUCUUCAUGUCACCCGACGAGAAGGACCAGUCUUAUCCAGUUUGCGUUUUCAUUGCGCAACUUCCUGCUUUCAGGUUUUGCCAAACCGGUUCCCUCUUAGCUUUUGUACUUUGAAAUCACAAAGUCCACCAUUUCCCAACUUAUUUUAGCCACCUGUCCAAAGCCCCGUUCACAUAGCCUGCUGAAACAGUCAUUUUUUCACCCAUUUCCUCCCAGUGGAAACCAGCAAGUUGUUUGAAAGUAGUAUCAGAGCCGGGACAGCAACUGUGUAAAAGGGAAUGCUGGACAGACUCACACAACUGGUGUGUUAAAAUUAGUUGCUGUGUAAAGCGGCAAUUUGUCAGUAUCUCUGUAAAUCCCUUUUGCACAGCCUGUAAAAGCUGGUCAUUUACCACCUUUUUCCCCAGUUUGUUGCUCUUCUGUAUGAAAGGCACUUACACAAAAUGGUGGUACGAACCAGGCAGUUUUCCAAUUUGUGUCAUAUCCGUAACAGAAACGAGGACAGCACCUGUGUAAAAGGGACUUUUUAAAAAGUGUUCUACGGCACAACUAAAAUAUCUGAUGGCGGGAUGCUGUUGUGAUGUGUGAAAGCACACAGAAAUUUCCCAUCUUGAUUAUUUUUAAAAGGCAAAGAUGCAUAAAUGCCAGUUGUGAUGCGCCAAUUUAGGAGUAUCUUUGCAGACACUUUUUAUACAGCCUGAAUAAGCCAUCUUGUUAUGUGUGAACGGCACAUAUGGCAGUCAACACAGCACUUUGUCAGGUAGUACAUGAACCCUAAAAAAGCAAGAAUGACACCUGUGUGAAAGGGAAUGCCAUAAAAGCAGAACUUUUCCCACUCUGUUGUGUUCAAAGCUAUUGUCACUGUCUGACAAGUCAGCUUUUGGAACAAGCUGUUUUGCGGAAUCUCUGGAAUCCCCUUUUACACUGCCGGUAAAAGCCGACAUUUUUCCACCUUUUUCCCCUGUUUGCUGUUCUUUAUGAAAGGCAGCAACACAAAAUGGGAGAACAAAGUUUGGCGGGUAGACGCAGAAACAGAAGUGGGAACGGCACCUGUGUGAAAGGUAAAGCCUGAAAAAGGCCGGACAGGAGGCUUAGAAUGGAGGAAGCACAACCGGAUAUUACAUAGCAAGACGGGGCAUUUUUGUGAAUUUUUACACACGUAUUUUAUUGUCGUUAUUACGGUAAUAUUUCACUUUCAGUCGGAUAAAUGCCGGGGUCCUUUCUUACAGCUCUGAUGCGGGAUAUUUGUUUGAAAGGGGCUCAUCAGUAGUCUUUGCUCCAAAACUGCACUUAACUGAACAGGAGAUUUUGUCAGAAUCACCCUUAAGCCUUGAGUAUAUAGUAUUAUAUGACAUAAUUGGGUAUAUAGAAAUAUAUGUAUACAUAAUAGCUUAGUAAAGAGAUGUAUAUUAUUUGACAUGGCUGAGCAUGCUGUAUGACUCAGCCACAGGUUGUUGGACGUUGCUUUAAAAUAACAGGAUUUUUGGAUGACCCUUUCAAAAUGGAACCUUUUUUGCAACUAGGAACGAAACUGUAGCUUUUAUCCAAAUGUACUCUGAGGCCCAUGCAAGUAUUAUUUAGAAUUUUUGUGCCAUAAAGUUUGCUUGAAUGAUGCAUAGGUUCCGAUUUUUGUGUCCUUCGCACAUCAGUGAUGGUAGCUAGAAAAGGCUUGUCCUAGGAUCCCCGCAUAUUCGCGAUUCAGCACUCACGACCCUGCAAUUUGGCUGAUUUUUGGUUCAACAAAAUGUUCAUUAGUUCUUUUUUUUAAUGAAAAAAUGUAAAAAUGUACCACUGUUUCGCUUUUUUUGUCAUACUUUUGCUUGCGAGUCCUUGAACGCACCAUAGUUGUGUGCUGGGAUGCAGGUUUGUACCUUCUACCAUCUAUAAACUUUAUUUUUAAUGCAGGUGCAGUAGUUGGUACUGAACAGGGUUGGUCUCAACUGGCCUUAUAAUCUCUUUCUAACAUGACUGUUCAGUACUCGUUCUAUCGAGUCGUUUGAAUCAGAAUCGGCGGUAAGAAUAUUUUGUAUUUUUACCGCCACGGGUCACCCAAGGUGGUCUUUUAUUACUCGGCAAUAUACCAGUGCUUGUAUUUGUUAGAAACAAGACCUCAAAAUUGUUGCUUUUUUUUGUACUAUAUUGAUAUAAUUCUACGAAACCUGACAUCCAUAUCAUGUUGACGCACUUCCUGGAUGACAACACGAACAUUUGAACACGUUAUUAUCUUGAUUUAUUUUCAUAAGUGGAGUUCCAGCAUGUAAACACACCAGGGAUGGGCAUCAUAAUAAUCCUUUUAUUCAUUGUCAAUAUGGGAUAAGUAGUUGAUUGAUUGUGAUGAAAGCAAAAUAGACUGCACUACCUGGCUGCCACCAGCAGAGGCGCUGUUAAUUCAGUCUCAUGUAAUGGAUCCCAUUUCAAAAAUAUUUUCCAAAAUAAAAGUAAAUAUGGUGAAAUGCUCAUCCCUAGGUCCCACAAUUGUUGUUUUUGAUAUGUGCUCUAUGCUAUUCCUGUGGCCUUUUAAUGUUCAUAUAUAUAUCAAAUAUGUUAUGAAUUUAUAUGCAAAAUGUGUGAUGGACUAUAUUUCAGUACACAGCUCUUUUUUUGGGGGGGGGGGCAAUACAAUUGAUUCCGAGCUGCUUAGUGUCUUUGUAACAAUGAAAGAAGAAACUUUAAAAAAAAAAAGAAAAUGUUGCCACAACACGGGAACGGAUGUUUCUGUGUCCUUAAAAACUUGUAGCCACAUCAUCUCGGUGUCAAUGUGCUCAGGACGGGAGGGAGUGGGAGGGGCGGGGUCAACAUGAUGAAUGACGAGGAGACAAAAAAAAAGAAAAAAGUGAUUUUUGUUUGUUUUUGUUUAUUUUUUUUUUAAAAAAAAGGUUACCUCAGUGAGGGAAUUUUCAGGGAUUUUUUUGACAAUGCAUCUUUGCAUCGUGUUCCAGCUUCACACACGUGUUGACUCGCUGUUUUGUAUUGUGCUCUUUUAAAAAAUAAAAAAAAAUUAAAAAAAUAAAAAGGCCAUGCAAACUGGGUUGUGUCUACUGAAGGAAACCCCAUUGGCCCAAUGUAUUGUACAGCACACUAUAUUGAAACAUGUUUAUAAUGUAAUAAAUAUUGACUUAUUUUUUCUUUAA